CAACAGCGUCCUCUAGUAAUACACAGGUCCACGAAUGUUUUUUUUCCUGUGCUUAUUCAGCCAAACAACGGCCAGACUACCUUACAAGUUGGCUUCUAUCGAGAAGAGAAGAACAUUUGACAAUCGCCCGGUGCCCAUAACUUUCCCACCCCCAUAGUAGAGACGCGCAAAACGAAAAAGGAAACACUGUUGUCUCUCUCGUUGUCAAGGGAACAUGUAAACUCUUGCGUCUCGGUCCGGAGAGAGCAUGGCUAGUUUGGUCAGGUUGCAGAAUGAGAUCGAACGAAUUAAAGAAGAAUAUUUCACCAGAAACAGGAUAGCCGAGGAGAACAGACAGAGAGAGAACGAAGCAGCCAUCCUAAUACAGAGUUGGUUCAGGGGAUGCCAGGUGCGGGCCUACCUCAGUCACCUACACAGGAAGGCCACCAUUAUUCAGAAGAUAUGGCGAGGAUUCACAGCAAGGGCACAUUUCAGACAAAUGGUGAAGGCCGCAUAUUUUAUCAUGAAGAUGAAUUUCUACCACGAGAUGUCCGUCAGGAUACAGCAGAGGUGGAGAGGUUACUGCGUGAGGAAAUACAGCCAUAACUACUACGCACGCAAGAGAUACAUGGAGGGACUGGCCCGCAAAAACAAACAGAUUAGGAGGGAUCUGGAGGAGUUUUCAGAGUUCCAGAGGAGAGAGAGGGAGCGUAUGGCCAUGGAGAGAGAGGAGCAGGAGAAGAAUGUCCAGGCUCAGAGGAUGCACUUCCUACUCAGCACAAAGCAGUGCCCUGGAGUAUUCAACUCUCCAUUCAGACCUGGGCCAGAUGAGAUGGAGCUGAGGCUCCGGAGGACCAAGCCCCUGCCACCCAGAAACAUUCCCAGGGACAGAGCCUCUCUCCUGGGUAACACCAGCCCCUCAUCCCCCUCCUUUCUGGGAGUCCCUAGAGCCUUUGGAGCCAAGCCCCUGCCUCCCAUUCCCAGCAAGAAACCACAGGGUCCGUUCCGUGGGCCAGCGGAGGUGUGGGCUCAGAGACAGCGUGGUCUCGAGCCGUCUCUGAGAGUCCAGACCUCCAUCUCUGACCUGGAGCAGGCCCAGGACCAGCUACGCUCUGGAGAAUGGAGGAACCACACCAUGGAGACCAUGUUCCAGCCGUUCUCUAAGGCCCAUCAGAACAGGAGUUAUGAGAGGAUGCUCCACACCUCCUCUUCCUUCCAGCCUGUCCCCUACGGGACCAAACACUUCAGAGAGGAACACCAGGAGAACCUGCAGGGGAAACAGCCAUUCAAGACAGUCUUCACCACUUGUCAUGUGUUUGAUAAAUUUGGACGCCUCUACUCCAACGCUGGGAAGAUUGUAUGAAACUAUCGUUCAGUAAGAAAAUUCAACUCAACAUUAUCACACUGAGAAGUGUGGACUUGUAUUGGUAACUGUAUUCCCUUGUAUCCUUGUAUUUUCGUUUGUGUGUCUUACUGUAUAUGGACGGAAAUUCACAAAGUUAAUUAAAUUCACGGUCACAAGAAAUGUGCCAUAAU